AUGACUGCGGACCACGAUGAUCGUGUUAUUCCCGCACAUACUCUGAAAUACAUGGCUCGACUGUAUGAAGCUGCUCGUGCAUCCCAGGGCUACCAGAAGAAGCCGCUGAUAGCUCGCGUGGAACUAAAUGAUGGUCAUGGUACCGGCAAACCGUUUGCCAAAGUUAUUGCGGAAAUAGUGGAUAUGUAUUGUUUCGUCCAAAGAGUAUUGGACAUC